GGGGAGGGAGUGAGUGAGAUAGGGAGAAAGACACACGAUCGUGUAAGCGCGAGAAGCGGAAAAAAAGGAAAAGCAAGAGACGCACACACACGUACGCGCUUUCGACGCUCCUUUCCUGCCCGAUUCUCUCGUUCUUUAACGUCGCGGGACGUGCGGCAUCGUGCACACGCGCAGGUUGUCGGCAUCGUACACACACACACACACAGGAACACACAACGUACAAACGUACACCCGCCGCGGAUACAGACACCAGAGAGGCACAUACGCGGCACAAGGGGCGCGAGCCUGCCGAAUCCAGCCAAGUCCAAAGUCCUUAAUCCCGUGGGGUGAUCCUGGCCCCGCCCGUACGCGAAGGAACCACACCCCAGCGAGAGAGAGCGAGAGAGAGGAGGAGGAAUUCACGAUCCGGAUUUAGCAGGCUACUGGUGAUGAGAGCGACACAUUGCGGCGGUUAAAGUGGCAGCCGGGAAAGGCGAGGAAGUGGCGAGGCUCGUGAAAAUCGGCAUCGGGGGUGUAAGAUCCCGGCAGCGGUAGUGGUGGCGGAGCGGCAGGGGGACUAUGGGAGCGGGGGUAUGGGGGGCGGAGGAGGGCUACAAGCCACGGACCUCCGGCGAAGGCUCGAGUUCCAGUGUACCGGAGGAACUUGUUCGCAGGCUCUUCGGUCCCUAAGGCACGACAGCUACCAUGCUACCGAGGAGAACGCCGCGUGCGACGACCACGAGGACAGGGGGACCGACCACGAAGCGAUCCUCGCUUCCGGUCAGCCCACCUGCACAGGCUGUCGGCCAUAUAGACGCGAGGAGAACGAAGCGGUUGAGAAAAAGGAGUGUCUGAAGCGACGCAUGCCCGAGUCAGAUGGGAUCGGCGCGGUGUACCGGAAGCUGCGGCUUUAUCUGGGCCUUUUCGAGCACGCGGGUAAAAACGAUGACUCGGAGGACGGCGGGGACGAGGAUGACGACGAAGGGAAGAGGCAUCGGUUACGGUGGUGUCGCAGGGACUUCCGACGAAUCGCGGAAGUGGCGACAAGGGCUCUACUCCUUGGCAUCGCGCUCCUCGUCACACCAGGACUCUGCCAACAGGACGCGGUGCACAUUACGGCUAUCCUCGGGGAGAGCGUUGUCUUCAACUGUCACGUAGAGUUCCCCGGUGAGCACCCAGUGCCCUACGUUCUCCAAUGGGAGAAGAAGCGUUACCAUUCAUCGAGAGGGGGGAGGGUGGCACGGGGACUCCCUCCGAUGGAAUUACGGCGGCACCGGGUAAAUGGGCAGGAGAUACCGAUAUACAUAUGGUACGAGUCGUAUCCGACCCACAGUGGCGAGGGAUACGAAGGUCGUGUCUCGAGGGUGAGCCCGAAUUCACCGUACGGCGGGGCCAGCCUCAAUCUGACGAACAUCCGCGAGAGCGAUCAAGGAUGGUACAAGUGCAAGGUCGUCUUCCUCAACAGGUCGCCCAACAGUCACAAGAACGGUACCUGGUUUCACCUAGACGUCCACGCGCCACCCAGAUUCAGCAUAACGCCGGAUGAUAUGAUAUACGUGAAUCUGGGCGAUGCGAUAAUACUGAACUGCCAGGCUGAGGGUACACCGUCGCCGGAGAUCCUUUGGUACAAGGACGCGAAUCCCGUCGAGCCGUCGUCGACCAUCGGUAUAUUCAACGACGGCACCGAGCUCAGGAUCUCGACGAUCAAGAACGAGGACAUCGGCGAUUACACCUGCAUCGCCAGGAACGGAGAGGGCCAGAUCAGUCACACCGCGCGCGUCAUCAUCGCGGGUGGAGCCGUUAUUAUGGUGCCGCCGACGAAUCAAACGAAGCUGGAAGGCGAGAAGGUGCAGUUCUCCUGCGAGGCGAAGGCCCUACCGGGUAACGUGACGGUGCGCUGGUUUCGCGAGGGUGCCCCUGUCACGGAGGUCUCGGCCCUGGACACCAGGGUGUCCAUCAAGAUGGACGGCAGCCUGGUCAUCAACCCCGUCAGCGCCGAUGACUCCGGUCAAUACCUGUGCGAAGUCACGAACGGCAUCGGCGAUCCUCAAAGUGCCAGCGCUUAUCUGAACGUCGAAUACCCGGCGAAGGUCACGUUCACCCCCACCAUCCAGUACCUGCCGUUCCGUCUGGCUGGUGUGGUCCAGUGUUACAUAAAAGCCAACCCACCCCUGCAAUACGUGACCUGGACCAAGGACAAGCGCCUACUCGAGCCUUAUCAGACGAAGGACAUCGUUAUCAUGAACAACGGCUCCCUGCUCUUUACACGGGUCAAUGAGAAUCACCAAGGCAGAUAUACCUGCACGCCUUAUAACGCCCAGGGCACGCAGGGCAGUUCGGGUCCGAUGGAGGUCCUCGUGCGAAAUCCGCCUGUUUUCACCCUCGAGCCAGAAACAAUGUAUACGCGGAAGGUGGGCGAGACGGUCGAGAUGCACUGCGACGCACAGGAGGCCGAGGGAACGCAGAAACCGACGAUACAAUGGCAUCGGAGAGAGGGACCCAUCCAACGCAAUCGCGCGAAGACCUUCGGCGGCAAUUUAACCAUAGAGGGCCUUCGGCGCACGGAUUUCGGACUGUAUCACUGCGUCGCCUCCAACGAAGUCGCCACCAUCUCGUCCUCGACGCAGCUGAUCGUCGAAGGCACGCAACCCCAUGCACCUUACAACGUGACAGGCACUGCCACGCAAUUCUCGGUAACGCUAAACUGGUUACCAGGCUAUUCCGGCGGUCCUGAUUACAAGCAAGAUUAUACUAUCUGGCACAGGGAAUCAGGAACUUCGGAUUGGAAGACAAUCCCCGUGACUCCGUCGGGCAGCACAACGGUGACGAUCAACAGACUCACGCCUAGCACGCUCUACGAGUUCCAGGUAAUCGGGAAGAACGCUCUGGGCGAGGGAUUGCUGAGCAAAGUCAUCACAGUCAGGACCCUCGACAUCCUUGAUUAUAGCACUCUCAUAUUACCGACCGAUUCCACGGGAAACCCCAUGUUUCCAACCAUCAUACGGCCGAAAGGACCAAAGCCAGGUACCCCGCGGAACCUCACGGUGACGGAGAUCAGCAACGGUUUCCUGAUAACCUGGCAACCUCCUUUGGAACGUAGUCAUCUUAUCCAAUACUACACUAUCAAGUACAAGACGGACGGACCUUGGAAAACGCUCAACAAGGGCCAAAUACGACCCGAGGAGACCAGUUAUUUAGUGAAGAACCUGGUCGGUGGUAGGACCUACUAUUUCCAAGUGUUCGCCAACUCGGCUACGAAUUACGGCGCGAGCGACCAGGUGAAGUUCCCCGUGCCGGCUCGCGUUAAGCACAAAGCGAUCACCGCGGGCGUCGUAGGCGGUAUCCUCUUCUUCCUCGUCGCCAUCAUCCUCAGCAUAUGCGCGGUGAAGAUCUGCAAUAAGCGGAAGAGACGAAAACAGGAGAAAGAACUGCUUUCAGCGUAUAACAUGGUGGCCUGCCGGGUCACCGACGCCAGGAACGGCGCAGGGCAGGGGCCCCAGGGAACAGUGCCUUUGAAAAAACCUAGAAAAAGCCGAGUACCAGGUUUAAGCCUCCUGCGGGAGAUCCUCAGCCCGGAUACCCCGGACUCGUGCCGCGGUCGUCCGCUGGGUAAGAUCUCCCGGGCGGCCGACGGCCGCUUCGUCGUGGCGGACUCGGUCCUCAGUUCGGCCAACAACAGCAUCCUGGACGCGUCCAGCAGCGACGACGGUGGUUUCCUGCCGAAGCAACGGCUCAAGUCCUCCUGGCGGCGGCCGCUGGUCGGCACCAGCCAGCUCAGCCUGAGAUCCGACGGCAGCGGCGUCUCCAUCGGGCCUCCAUUGCCGUCGAGCCACCACCACGGUGCCGCGAACGCGAGGAUACCGCCCACCGUCUGCACCAUCUCGUCGCCCAGGUUCCUGGCCAGUUCGCCGAGCGGAGCCCAAGUCCCCUGGACCCCCCUGUACUUCAGCGAUCUCAGCUCCGUCAAGCAGCCAUCCUCCGGCGAGCGCUCUUUCCCGACGCCACCCGGCUAUCUUCAGCUGAGAAGCGUGCACCAGCGAUACAGUCAGGAGCUGCCGUCGCUCAAGGCGAUCCACGCCGAGUCGUCCAGGCGAUUCGUGCCGGUUCAGCCGCUGGCGACCUCCUCGCCACCGCAACCGGCCGGACGGCCCAGAGCCAGGCUGCCGCCGAGGCACGCGCGGCACGCCAGAUCGGCGCCGGAGCUCGCGGCGUCGCCCGAUCUCGAGACCUCGCCCGAGAGCAGGUCGAGCAGCUCCGGUUUCGGCAGCAAGAACACCUCGCAGCAGAACCAGAGCUCGAGGAGCGGCAGCACCGUCGCCGAGUGGCGUCCGCCGCCCUACAGGCCACCCCCGCCACCCUUAGUGGGCCGCUGGCUCGAGCUGCAGGAUCCGGCCAAGGUGGCUCACACGCACGUGCAGAACGCCGUGGACGCCGGCAGCGUCGACGGCCACUACGAGUUCGAUCCGGUUUCGUGCACGCCGACGCCCACGUCGGCCUCCACGCCCACGAGAGAGGAGAGGCCGCCUGUGCAUCAGGUCCACGCUAUCCACGUUCCCCACAUUCACCAAGUGCAUCACCAGGCGCCGAGGUACAGCAGGGACAACAUAGAGGCUAGGGUACAGGCUAUGAAGGCGGAGUUCCACCAGUUCCGGCAGAGACAGGCGAGGAGGAGGCAGAGCGCGCACUUGGAAAGCGCGUGCUGAAGCGAUCGUAGAGAGUACCCAAGGUAGAGAGAGAGAGAGAGAGAGAGAGACUCGACGAUCGUACCCCAUACGGUUGAAAUACAAUUAAUGCAGCUGCACCGCGAGAAGUCGAACGAUCGAAACUGUCGUGGUACGUGGAAAUCGACUCGGAGUCGCGGUCGUUGCGGUCGGGUCAACUUGGACAGUCGAAUACGCGAUCAUGAAGAAGAGGAGGAGGUGGACGUCACGGGUAGUUCGAGCUUUCUGGACAGUGUAGUAGAUGGUGGUGACAGAGCAACAGUAGCAGCAGCAGCAACUCCGUGUUACGGAUAAGAUGUGAUAAAAACAGAUGUACGAUCUACGAUGUGAGAGAAAAAGGGAGGAAGAAAGAUAAGCAAGACCAGGAUACGAGAGGCCGAGGGUAACACUCGAAGAGUACCGACGGAAGAAGGAGGAACCUAGGUAUCGCCCGUGUGACUAGAUUUUGGUACUGGCUUUUAUCUACUGUAGAGGACCGUGUAUUAAUACGACGACGACGACGACGAUGACUUCGACUACGACGACUACCGUACAAUUGACCGUUAUUACGACGACGACGACGACGACGCGAUCAUCACCGAAGACCAACCGCCGCAGCACAACGAGGAUCAUCAUCAUCAUCACGUGAAAUCCACAUUAGAGGAGUUUAAGUCAAUUCUAGUAGCUGGACAUCCAUCUACAAAAGAAGGCUGUUAUAAGCAUCAGGAUACAUAAGUUUCGCACGACCAUGACGGGAGCGACGUAGUAGAGCCGUACGUUAAAACGAUAAUCCUACGGGGUCCCGCUCGUUACCGAUUAAGAGAGGACCGUCGAUUGUCCUUCGGGGGAAAGCAAUCUCGAUAUCAUUUACCCGGGGAGGGAGGGGGGGGGCGAACUAUAAUACACCCAGCGACGCUCAGCGACACCGAUCGCGCUGGGACGAUUUAAAAUAGAAACGAAGUGCGUAAACGAAAACAUUCGAAUCCGAUUAUUAUUGGUCAUAUCUCGCGUACACCAACCGCGCCUACGUCCGGUUUAGAGGACCGUGAUUUUUAACGUUAUUAUAUAUAAUAAUGUAGAGAGGAAAUAUAUACCGAAGAGAGUUCUCUCUCACGCGAGGAGACAUGAAUAUAAAAAUAAAGAAAAAAAAUAAGGGGGAGGACAUUUUUUUUAACUCAGUGGAAAUGUCCCAGAGAGGGAGAAAGUGCGCAGAGAGAGAGAGAGAGAGAGAGAGAGAGAGAGAGAGACUCCCGGCCGGCUCAAAGGGAUGCUGAAAACGAUUGUAAAACGAUGUCGUCCCGCGUCGCGACCGGGACGAGGAGAACGAAGGGGUGAAAGGACGGGAGGAGGGUAGGGGAGAGGAGAUAAAUACGUCGGCAUGAUACUCCAAAGAAACUGUACCACUGUACAUGCUCGGUAUACCUUUUAAACGAAAUGUAAGGUUAAACUUAAUCUCGUACACUGUAAGUAAUAAUUAAAAACGAAAGAAAAACAAAAAAAGUAAGAUAAUCGAAAAGAAUUACCACAUACACACAUACACACAUACACACACGCGUGAACACACAUGAGUACACACAUAUACACACACACACACACACACACACACACACACGAGAUAAAAAAAAGUAAUUAUAUCGAUGAGCAAUGGACUCGAAACGUGAUAUUAGGCCGAAGCUUGCCUCGAGAUUGCUUAAGGACUCACUCGUACUGCACUGCCUGUUUAGGGUUUCGCUAGCGACCCAACAUAUUAUCGGCACAAUAAUUUUUCUUAAGCAACGUAAAACGAGAAUAAGAAUAACAAGUUCUUUGAAUUUACGCGCACUCGGCCGGUACCGUGCGUACGAUCGCGCGCGCGCGCUCAUCGCCCCGUCACGUCAUUGACGGCGCGCCCGGUCACGUCGUCAGAUGUUAGACGACUCCGACGGGUCUACCGGUCGCUCUUUUCGACGAUCAGAUUAUCGGCGUGAACGCGUUCUCGACGGACUUCUGAACGAUCGGGAAAUAAUCGGGAAAAGCGAAAUUAAAAAAAACUAACAUAGAAACAUAGAAAACACCGAGAACAAAAAGGACACGCGACGGUGAGGAAAUCGUUUCUUUCACCGAACUGCCAAUGAAAGGAGGUCCGACAACGCGGCGCGCACGAUUCCACUUCGAGUGCGAUUCCACGUCGGUGAGCGAGAUAAAAUUCAAACGAUCGAGCGGAAAAGGGCGAUCGAUAGAGAGAAGUACACAAAAGCGGCCAUCGUCGGCCGGAAGGAGCUUACGCGCGCGCGUACGCGCGCGCACACACACACACAUACACGCGCGCCCGUCACGCCGGAGUUCGUGUGUAUUAGAGAGAAAAGGAAUUAUAAAUACGCAAGCGUGCACAUGUACACACAACGGACACGCGUCCACACACACACACACAUCUACACGUGAAUACAGACAGACUACGCGCAACGGACAUCACACGCACACGCGUCCACGCGCAUAUGACACACACACGUACACAAGAAAAAACACAUAUACACGCGUACACAAGAUACGAGAGAGGCGUUCUCUUCGAGACCCACCUAAUUAUCACCAAACGCAUCAAAUCAUCUCGGAUCGCGGGGUCGGGGGUCGGCGAUCGUCGAUCGCGGGGGCCUUCGGGCGAAUCUACGGGCUAAUCAUUGAGUCGAGCUACACGACCUAACGCGAGAACGUGUUCCUCUCGUUCGAGGACGUCUCCGACGAGAGAGCGAGGAGGACCGGCGGCGCGCUCGUUCCUCUUACUCUUUUUUUCUAAUUUUCUGUACACGCGCGACCGAGAAGGCCCCCCCACGAGUGGAGUCGCGAUCGGCGCGGUCCGCGACCCCCGGGAGUUUUACUUUCUUUAUAGUACAAACACUUAUUUAUACGCGUACGUAUUAUACAUACUUAUAUUAUAAAUAUUAGCAAGGGCCCUACUCACGAUUCAACUAUACUUCGACGAACCGUAAUGCCGGAAGAAAGAGGAGAAAGAUUGUGUGUGUGUGUGUGUAUGUGUGUGUGUGAAAGAGGAGAGAAAGAGAUACGCGGCGUAGACGCUGUCAAGGCGGGACGUUGUGUACAAUUUCGUUAAAACGUGCAUAUGUGCGUGUAUAUGCGCUAUUGCGUGUGCCUGCAUGCGUGCGUGAGAGGUGCGAAAGAAGGAGGGAUAAGUGUGCAAAGUGACAAGUAUGUAUGAAUGGAGCGAGAGUAGGAGAGGACGUACGUAUGUGUGUGCGUGUAUGUAUAUGUGUGUGUGUAUGUGCGCGCGCGCGAAUGCAGCUGUUAAACGAAAACAAAGUGUAUAAUGUAACACACACGGUCACACGCAGAGAUAACAAAAGAGAUAAAAAUGAAAAAAAGAGAAAAUGAGAAUACGCUAAAAGUUAAGAGGUAACGGAGAGAUGACGCGAAAGAGUACCAAUAUUCUAAAGUAAUUCUAAUGGUUGAAUUAAUAAUUUGAUAAUUAAUUGAUAUUGUAAAUCGUAAACGACGUAGCGUGUAGCGUAUUAAUCAACGAGAGCGACGCGAACGCGUAUUAAUUAAUUAAUUAAUUAUACCCGCGAGAGAACGUCACACGCGACAACGGGGGGGGGGGAGACGCUUGCGGGAGACACGACGGGGGGAGGAGGAGGUGCGAGGAGAUAAAGGCUCGCGCAUUAACGAAAGACGCGGCUUUGUUAUCUCUCAUCGCGCCGGAAAUUGUUCAAACGCGUUAUAUUACUUAUAAUGACUUAGAACGUGCCGCGAUCGUGCGCGAAAUCUACGUAAGACAGAUGGAAACGCGAAAGUGGAAGGAAGGAAAAACGCGCUUUUGACAACGCGACACGUGAUCGCGCUUCCACGUGAUCGUACCACGAAGAGGGCGGACCGAGUCUCGGGACGAGUCGACGUCAUCCGGUCCCCUUCGAGAAGACACCCUCUCCCCCAUCCAUCCGCGAAUGGACGAAUGCGCGAGAGAAGAAAUCGUGGACGCGAUCCAACCAACCGACAUAGGUGUAUAAGUAAUGUGUAGAUAUAUCAUAGUUAGAUACAACGAUCUCAAAAGGUCACGCAGUGUGGACGUUUGCGAUAGGUGUGCGGGAAUGGGAGUGUAAGAAAGAAUGAGAGAAAGCUAGAGAAAAUGAGAGAGAGAGAGAGAGAGAGAAAGACAGUAAAGGAAAAAUGAGAAGAAAUAAGUGCACGAGGAAGAGGAUCUCGGACGAUCCUCCGCGUUAUCCUGAAGCCUAUCACGCAGCGCGAAAAGAAACAGCUCAUGCAAAUAUGUCCGGAUAUUCGCGUGUCCGGUGACGGGGAUUUUAAUAGAAUUCACGAGGGAAUCAUCGUGUUUGCGGGAGAUGGGGAGAAAGGAACGAGAGAAAAAUACGUAAACGAGAGAAAGAGUGAGAAUGUGUGUAUGUGAGAGAGAGAGAGAGAGAGAGAGAGAGAGAGACAGAGAGGGAGAGAGGGAGAGAAACAGUGGUUUCGCUUGACGGCGUGUCUGGAUAAUAUGGUUAAUAUGGUUGAAUCGUGAAUCCGUUCGUGUAAAGUUCGUCAUCACACAUUCACACACACACACACAUACAUACACACGUCACGAUAGUUUCGUUCUUCGACCUGAGUUCCUUCGUGACCCCCCUGUACGAUUUGCGUUUCUUUCGCGCGAAUAUCGCCGAUGUCGCGCCCCUUUGCGUUUUUUUCUUCGCAAAGAGACACACUCGUCGUUGUAUCCUCGCCGUGUUCGCACAUCACGCAUGCGCGAGAUCGCGCGAGCGACCGCCGCGUUCUUGCGGAUUAAUUAAUUAAUUAAUCAAUUACCUUUAAGCUGUUUCCGUUCUCGUUACGUACCUGAAAGCCAGUCGGCGCGACGCUUCGUACGAAAAGAAAAACAAAACAUCGCGAGUGAAAUUCCUCGGGCCCUCGAAGCAGGACGUUCACGAGGGGCUUCGGCGAGAAUAUUCGGCAGCGCGCGCGUGCGCGCGCGCGCGCGAGAGAGAGAAAGAAUCAUAUGCAAAUUGUGUAUGCUUAACGUGACUAGAUCGGUGGACAAUGGAUUCGUGUAUAAACCGGUGAAUAAUUAUAAAGAAAUACGUUACGAUGCGCGGAGAGCGCGCACGUGUGACAAGUGAGAAGCGGAGAUUCGAUUCGACUCGACUGUAUUGUGUUGUCGCGCUAAAAAAAAUAAUAAUCGUGUAAAAAGUUCACUAUAUAUAUAUAUAUAUAUACAUAUAUAUAUAUAUAUAUAUAUAUAUAUAGCCGGCGCGCGUGAUCAAGUUACAAAUCACGAAACUCGUUUCCGUGAUCGUUGGUGAAAUCUUGGAUCGGACGCACGUCCGCGGCGAUAAGUAUUCGGAAUUCCUCCGGUUGCGACGUCCCGAUCGCUCAGCUCGGCGACACUGCUUCGAGGUUCUCCGCGCGGCGCGCGCGAAACGAUAAUUUGACGUGACACAUGCCAGUCGUACUUGGCGAUGACGACUAACGCGCGACAAACCACGCGGUAGUCGGUCCCAUGAAAUUCCUAGCCGUUCGUUCGACGCAGAGUAGACGCGUUUCAGUCGAAUCCAAUGGCUCUCGGGUACUGAAUAUCGCUUGGAUCUGCGACCACCUACGUCUCCACGACGUAAGCUCGUCCGGCUCCGUAAGCUCUCGGAACUCCCGACUGGCGACACAAAAUAUUUUCCCUUCGCGCUCCAAACAAAACGAAAAAUAACGCGGAGGUAGACCUCUUCUCCGCGCUCUCUUUUCUCUGCACGCGUCCGAGAGUGCGUCGCAGUUCCAAGCGCGGCAUUUCGAGUGCUUCGUAUCAUCGUACACACUGGCGACUACUCCUAUUUGUAACCGACAUCUGUUGCGCCGAAUUGAAUUCGUGAGAUGAAAGAGGAAGAAAACGAAGAAGAGGAGGAGGAAGCAAGCAGAAGAAGGAAAAGAUGACACUGUGAAUAUAAUAUCCUUUCAUUCCCUUUCUACUGACGUGUUGUUUGCCUUUUUUUCUUUUUUUUUUCCGUUCCGAGUCGUCGGGGUAUAAACUUCCACACUUGUAAUCGUUAGCUUUCUCACGAAUCCCAACAUCGAAUCGCUUCAACAUACAUACAUGUAACAUGUUCUUCUGUACCGUCUGUCUCUUCACUUCCGCUUAUUCUCGAUCCUAUAUCCGCCGUCGAACACUUGUACACGGUGCGUUUUUCCGAACCGUUUUUUCCGUUGUCACUUAUUCGCGAAGCGAAAGUUGCUCGUUGUUCACCUCCAUUACUCAGUUCGAUUGAAUUUGAUCUAUGCUUUCUCGCGAACCCCCCACGAGAACUCCAAGUCGUACUAACUUAGGACAAAUUGUAGACAAUUUAUUAUUAAAUAAAAUGAAAAAUAAAUCGACAUUUGAAACGAAACAUGGGAGAGACGUUCCCGGGA